ACUAUUGGAUUGAGUUCUAUCCAAGAUGCAAUUGUGCACGAUAUACACGCUAUCAAUAGCAAGAUGUUCCAUUUCGAUGUCUAUAAUUGCAAUAACGUGACAUUAAGUCAUGUAAAUAUAAUUGCACCAAGUGAUAGUCCCAACACUGAUGGAAUUCACAUUAGUUUAUCGUCAAAUAUUCGAGUUUUUGAUUUCAACAUUGAUACUGAAGAUGAUUGUAUAUCUAUCUUUGCUGGAAGUCAAAAUGUUAAUAUUUCUGGAGGUACUUGUGGCCCUGGCCAUGGAUUAAGCAUUGGAAGCUUAGGGAAUAAGCCAAAUGAAGUUGUUAAGGAUGUACAUGUUAAAAAUUGUACUCUUAUAGCUACUCAAAAUGGAAUGAGGAUUAAGUCUUGGGCAUCAUCAAAUGUUGGUGAAGCAACAAGUAUUAGUUUUGAGGAUAUUAUAAUGGACAAGGUGAAUAAUCCUAUUAUUAUUGAUCAACAUUAUUGUCCUUCACAUACUUGCAGUUUUCAGACUAUUGGAUUGAGUUCUAUCCAAAAUGCAAUUGUGCACGAUAUACACGCUAUCAAUAGCAAGAUGUUCCAUUUCGAUGUCUAUAAUUGCAAUAACGUGACAUUAAGUCAUGUUAACAUAAUUGCACCAAGCGAUAGUCCUAACACCGAUGGAAUUCACAUUAGCACAUCGUCAAAUAUUCGAGUUUUUGAUUCCAACAUUGGUACUGGAGAUGAUUGUAUAUCUAUAUUUGCUGGAAGUCAAAACAUUAAUAUUUCUGGAGUCACUUGUGGCCCUGGCCAUGGAAUAAGCAUCGGAAGCUUAGGGAAUAAGCCAAAUGAAGUUGUCAAGGAUGUACAUGUUAAAAAUUGUACUCUUAUAGCUACUCAAAAUGGAAUGAGGAUUAAGUCUUGGGCAUCAUCAAAUGUUGGUGAAGCAACAAGUAUUAGUUUUGAGGAUAUUAUAAUGGACAAGGUGAAUAAUCCUAUUAUUAUUGAUCAACAUUAUUGUCCUUCACAUACUUGCAGUUUUCAGAAAAGCUUAGUGCAAAUCAAGGAUGUGAUAUUCAACAACAUAAGGGGAACUUCAAAUUCAUUGGUGGCAGUGAAUUUCAAUUGCAGUUCUUCAUUGCCUUGUCAAAAAAUCAAUCUUAAUGAUAUUAAGUUGAUUACUGAUAAUAACGCUAAACCUACAAUUGCAACGUGUGCUAAUGCCAUAGGACACGCCACCGGCAUCGAGUUACCUCCGAGUUGCUUAAAGCCUGCUCUUGAAUCUUGA